GAACGACUCCGAAACGUACUUUCGUCUUUUGCGCUUGUUGAGAGUCGUGGCGCAUGCGCGAUUCCUUCUCGCUACAAACAUGGCGGCCGGCUUAUUGAAGGUCACUUCGAGCGUUGCCAAAGUUUUGGCAACUGCCCACAAGGCUUCUUGCACAGCUGUAGUUUUCUCACGACGAUGGUGCUCAGCACGUGCAGCAACUUAUGAACAAACCAUCCUGAAUGUGCCUGAGACACGCAUUAGCCAACUGGACAAUGGGAUGAGAGUGGCAACAGAGGACUCCGGAAUUCCUACCUGCACUGUUGGGCUGUGGAUUGAUGCAGGCAGCCGGUUUGAGAAUGAGAGAAACAAUGGCGUCGCCCAUUUUCUUGAACACAUGGCAUUCAAGGGAACCAAAUCACGUUCUCAAGUAGAUUUGGAACUAGAGGUUGAGAACAUGGGAGCCCAUCUCAAUGCCUACACAUCCCGUGAGCAGACUGUUUACUAUGCCAAAUGCUUCCAAAAUGACCUGCCAAAAGCUGUGGACGUUCUCUCUGACAUCAUUCAAAACAGCAUGCUGGGUGAACAAGAAAUAGAGCGAGAACGGGGUGUCAUUCUUCGUGAGAUGCAGGAAGUGGAGACAAAUCUUCAGGAAGUUGUUUUCGACCAUUUACAUGCCACUGCUUACCAAGGCACUCCCCUUGGUCGCACCAUCCUUGGACCAACCCAGAAUAUUCGGUCCAUUAGUCGCAAUGACCUCUUGGAAUACAUUGGCACCCACUACAAGGGCCCCAGAAUGGUGUUGGCUGCUGCUGGAGGUGUGAAUCAUGACCAGCUUGUAUCGCUGGCAAAUAAGCACUUUGGAAGGAUUAACACAGGGUUUGAAGGCGAGAUUCCUGAUAUGUCUCCAUGUCGUUUUACAGGCAGUGAGAUUCGUGUCCGAGAUGACAGCAUGCCGCUUGCUCAUGUAGCCAUUGCAGUUGAAGGAUGUGGCUGGCAAAACCCUGACAACAUUGCAUUGAUGGUGGCCAACACCCUCAUUGGUUCCUGGGACCGCUCCUUUGGGGGAGGAGCCAGCCAUGCCUCACCCUUGGCUGCUGCUUCUGCAGAGGGAAAUUUGUGCCACAGUUUCCAGAGUUUCAACACCUGCUACACAGAUACAGGCCUCUGGGGCCUUUACUUCGUGAGUGACAAGAUGUCCAUUGAAGAUAUGAUGUUCAAUGUUCAGGGAGAGUGGAUGCGUCUGUGCUCAAGCGUGACGGAGUUUGAAGUGACCCGUGCCAAGAAUCUGCUGCGAACCAACAUGCUGCUGCAGCUUGAUGGCUCUACUCCUAUCGCUGAGGACAUUGGCAGGCAAAUGCUGUGUUAUGGCCGACGCAUCCCUCUACCAGAACUUGAAGCCCGCAUUGAUGCUGUGAAUGCUGAGGUCGUGAGAAAUGUCUGCAUGAAAUACAUCUAUGACAAGUGUCCUGCUGUUGCCGCUGUUGGCCCAGUAGAGCAGCUUCCCGACUACAAUAGGAUACGCGCAGCAAUGUACUGGCUUCGGCUAUAAUCUACAUUUCUGGGUUAGCUGUUUCUUGGUACUUUCAUCUUCAAAGAUAACCAAGUUGGCCUACACAUCAGUGAGACUGACACAGUCCAGUUUCAUUAAGGACUUGCCAUUUACUGUGAUGAACUGCCAAGGGAAAAAAUUUUAAUGUAUUAGUGAGAUGUUAAAAUGUUUAAGCUCUGUGUGCUUGAAGAAUGAUAGAUAUUAAAAUAAUGAAAGUCAACUGAA